AUGGCUCAGCUACCAGACGAACUCAUCCUGUCAAUCCUCGACCAGAGGUUCCCCUGCCGACAGCAGCAAAUACGUACACUUGCGACCUUGAUAUCCCCGGAGGUAGCACCAUGUCGGAACUGUAUUGUCUAUGGCACCGAAGCCAAUGGCAAAAGUGCAAUUGUCGCGGCUCUGCUUCAACAGCUAGCUGAGGUUGAGUCCACCAGCCGUCCAGACCUGCCCGCAUGUCAAUACGCUAUCGUCAACUCGGUCGAGUGUGUGACUGGGAGACACCUCUUUGAGACCACAGUCAGGAAAGUCGCAGGCGCUCUCGGCUUCUCGGACCUCGCCACACGAUGCGAGAGCCUCGCCCAGCUGACCUUUGAGCUAUCAAAGAUGCUCAAGCACACCCCCCAGCCUGAGAGCCGUCACUUUGUGCUCGUCUUCGACGCCAUCGAUCGCCAGAGGGAAGCUCCACCGACUCUUCUCCCUGCUUUGGCAAGGCUCUCUGAAAUUAUUCCAAGCCUGACCACGGUCUUCAUCAUGACCAACCCGCCAUCAGGCUGUCUCCGUAUUUCUCACGUAGCCCAUGUCCACUUUCCAAACUACACCAAGUCAGACUUCGUCAAGAUUCUUUCCGCCACGCCGCCUAAACCCCUACCCAACACCACUGCAGCCGAGACAGCCGAACUCUGGACGCGCUUCUGCGGCGCUGUCCAUGAUGCCCUGACAAAGUCCGCAGUCCGCACCUUACCAGCUUUCCAAGGCGCCUGCAACUCACUCUGGCCGCGCUUCACAGUGCCUCUCCGCGAGGGCAAUCUUGGGCCAAAGGACUUCACCAAACUGCUCAUCGCCGCGCGCGUGCACUUCCAGGAUGAGAGCUUGCUGGAUCCGGGCAUCAUAUUGCGCCCAGGAUAUCAACAAGGCGGUGCCACUCGCCUACCAUCAGGCGAGACAGAUGCAAAGGCGCUCGUCCACAGGCCCGCGCCGGCGGCGACGACAAGCCUCGCCGCACUCCUCCCCACCACGGCCCGCGUCCUCCUCAUCGCAGCAUACCUCGCCUCGCACAACACCACGCGGCACGACCUGACACUGUUCUCGACCUACCACCACGGGAAGCGCAGGCGCCGCGGCGGCGCCUCGUCCGUCGUCGCGGGCCAGAGGAGCAAGCACCGCAAGAUCGCCCGCAAGCUGCUAGGCGCCCACGCCUUCGUGCUGGAGCGCAUGAUGGCCAUCUUCACCACCGUGCGCCACGAGUGGGGAGUCGGCGGCAGCGAGAGCCCGGAUGCGGACGCCGACGCUGACGUCGGCAUGGCGCUAGCGACGCUGUCGUCCUUGCGCCUGCUGAUGCGUGUCGGCGCCGGUGGGGACCCCCUGGAUCGGGGCGGCAAGUGGAGGGUCAACGUUGGGUGGGAGGUCAUCAGGAGCCUAGGGCGGAGCAUGCAUGUGGAAGUUGAGGAGUGGCUCAUUGAGUAG